AUGUCUGAUGAAAAUAUAUCUAGAGGAGAAGACAAAGAAAACUUGAUGUAUAUCUUCAGACAGAUCAUUAUAGAACGAUCUCAGCACUAUGUAGAAGAUCAUUCUGAAAGAGGUUCAAUUAUAUCUACAGAUUCUACAUUGCCAAUGAGAUGUCUCGAAUCCGAUAUAAACUUAUAUGACGCAAUCGGUGACCAAAUUGGGCCCCAAUCUUUCGACAAUCCUGAAAUGAUUGCCAAAACGAAACCUUUUGACUUUGCAUGGAGUUAUGGCAUCAAUUCAAAAACUGGCGUUGUUAACCUGACGUCAGAAUACCGAAGGGAAAUAUUUAUAGCAAGUUCCCAUUUGCCGAUUUUAUAUAAUUACUGUACCAAGCAAAUGAAAUGUUUAGAAGGACAUCAAUACCUAAUAAGUUCCAUAUCAGCAGAUCAAGAAGGUCAAUUUAUAGCUACUGCUGAUGAUAACAAGGACGGUUCUAUUAUAAUCUGGGACAGCUAUGAUGUGUACAUAAUUUUCACUAUUUCAACUAUAGAACACCGAAAUAUUUUAGUUGUAGUUAAGUUAAAUUUAUUUUCUUGUAGUAUUCCAGUUUAUAGUAUGUUCAGUAUUUAUCCCCUAAGUGAACCAAUCUUAGUUAAAUUGAGUUUGAGUGGUCGAUUCUUAAUAACAGUUGGCGUAAGGAAAGAGGGUAGUUAUUCUGUGGAUUUAUGGGUGUGGUCUCGUGGAAGCGAUAAACCACACGACUCGUAUGAAGUGGACAAAAACUAUGGAGCACCAGUAGAAAUAUGUUUUAACCCCAACGUAGAGGAAAUUAUGAUGAUUAUAUUCAAAAAACAAGUGGUUUUAUUAGUUUGGGUAACAAUUCAAUACUUUAAAAAUGAUAUAAAUUUUAAUGUGUUUUGUUAUAAGGAUGAGGACAUACAACUAUUUGUCAAGUCUAAGAUUCCUCGGAUAACAAAUCUGAGCAGGGUUGGUACAUUAACUACAGGAUGUUACGUAAGUGAUUGCCACGCAUGUUAUGCUUGCAGUAACAAAGGAUGUAUAUUGGUUUUCUCCAACACUCUUUAUAAUAAGCCAUUUGAGGAAGGUGUUUUGGAUAAUUUAAAGAUAUACAUAAACGCCAUCAAAGUUUCACAGCAUGCCAUUCGGACUUGUGCAGCUGCGGCAGAAGCCGUAGUAGUUGGCGAUGCAAGUGGUUCGAUAUUGUUUUUUGAUAAAACGAUAAAAAUUCUCUACUGGUUUCAAACGUUCGCUUUAGGACCCAUUGUUUCCAUAAGUUUUAAUUCCAUGCCGAAAUUUAAACAAGAAGAUUUGCUGUCGAUUUAUAUAGUAAAACCAAAUGGUAGUAACAUUUCGGAAUGUGACUUUGUGGACCUUACUGGUGAAUUACAGAGGAUUUUUAGAACGAAUUUGCCCAAAGAUGCCAGUUUAGCAUCCCAGCCUUUUCUAUUACCCGAUUUUUUCAUUGCCACAAGUGAUAACAAUAUUUAUGCCAUUGAUUUCUUAAACAGAACAUGUGUCCCUAUUUUCCUGACUGCCGAUGACUGCGUUUCGGCGAUGGAGGUCCACGAUGAAUUGUCAAUAUCUGAUAAAUUGCAAAGUAACAACGCUCAUUUUUUUUUAUUUAUUUUAGACCAUAUAUAUAAGAGCAGUGACUAUAAAUCAGCUAUACAUUUGAUUUGUGGUCGAGAAAAUGGAGAAAUUUGGAUUUUAGAACCAAUUGUCCUUGAACCAAAAAUUAAAACUCCAUUCAGACCCUCAAAGAAUAAAGUUGUGAAGAUCGUUUUCUCCAAAAAUAAAGCGCAGUUUGCUUAUUACGAUAAUAACAACACAGUUGCCCUGUUCGUAUAUAAUUCACGCCUAUGCGACUGGAAAUUUACAGGGAAGAUCCGUUCCCAUUAUAAAGACAUAAAUGACAUUAUAUUUAUGCCAAGACAUCAUACAUCAAUUCUAUAUACCAUCGGAUGUGACAGACAUCUAGUAGAAUAUAACAACAACGAAGCUCGAGAUGAAGGCCUUGCUAUAGCUUGCAGGGAACGGAUAGAACAAAAAGCAAUUCCCAUGAGCUUCCUUUACUGGUACGAAAUCGUAAAGGACAAAAAAAUCGGUUACCUUUUAAUUGCUGAUAAUGAGCAUAAAUUCAAAUUACUGGACCCAGAAACCAAAAUUCCAAAAUCGGUGAUACUUGCUCCCGCUUUUGGAUGUUUUAAUAAACGAAAUAUUAGUAAAAUUAUGAUUAUUCCAAACACUGAAGCAAAAUAUAUGGUUUUUCUAGCAGACAAAUUUUUAGGAUUACACAUGCUAUUGCCAGAUGGCAAUCCCUAUAAAUAUGUAGGAUAUUUAGGACAUCCGUCCAAGGUUGUAGAUUUUCUUUUAUCUUAUGAUGGGAAGUACAUGUUUUCGUUUGGAACGGAAGACCACUGCGUGUUUAAAUGGAAAAUAAAAACCAAAGCUGUCGAGCUGAUGUAUCUGCUAGGAGGAAAAGAAUUAGAACCGUUUUACUGUCUCAUUGAAGGUGGAAAAAAUGGAUGGCUUUUCCAAGAAAUUAAGGAUUUAUUCUACUAUAUGCAAAUUUUACAGCAUGAAUCUAUGGAUUAUCCUAGAAAAGUAUCAGAUAGCAUAAAUGUCUCGGAAUUGCCAGAACUAGUACGAACUUGUGGAUUCUAUCCUACAGAAUUUGAGCUAGAAAAUAUGAUGAUUGACAUAAAAUAUAGAAACUAUCACGAAACAUCGCUUCUGAAUACAGAAAUAAAUUUUAUUGAUUUUGUCAAGCUAUUCUGUAACCACAAGCCUGUGUAUGGAUAUACUAAAGAAACAAUUAAGAAAGCUUUCCAAACUGUAGUAUUAAAUUCAGACAGUCCAUCUGAGAAUGAAAUUAGUAGAGAAGAAUUUGCUUCGAUAUUAGCAUAUUCAGGUGAAUUCAUAAGUCCUGGUAAUCUGCUCAAGUUUUUGAAAACAUUGAUGAGAUCAGAUAAUAAUGAUGGUAACCUCGAGUUUUUGCCAGAAAACAUCACCUUCGAGUAUCUUUAUAAAGAAAUUUUUGGAAUCGACACUAUACGAACAAAGAGAAUGGAUAACGAGUCAAAUAAAGAAGCUAAUGAAGGCGGCGCAGGUUUAGAUUAA